UUGUCGCGGGUCGUGGACAGCAGCAGCAGCAGCAGCCGCCGUCGCAGCAGCAGCAGCAUCAAAGACCGCCGUCCGCCGUACAAGAAAAAAAAGAAAGAAAUAUAGAGGAGGAAAACAAGUGUUGAAUAUCCCUUCAAGAAUAUAAAACAAAUCCGCGGCUAAAAAAUGAAUGUUUGUUAAUAUUAAAAUGAAUUUAUGUGCCAGAGCCCGAAAGUUUUUAAUUAAGUGAAAAGCCAGGCAAAACGCACGAAAGAGAGUGAAUGAGGAAAAGCGAGUGACAGAUAAACGAGAUGUUUGAACAGAAAGCGGCAACAAUUUAUUUGCAUAUUCAAUGCUCAUCUCAUAAGCUGGUGUCAAAGUGAGCUUAGAAUAAUAAUCAACGCUUAGACAGUGCCAUAAGGAUCUACCAGCUACCAACAGCAGGAGAAGGAAGAGCAACAGCCACAACAACAACAACAACAAACAACAGCAACAAUCAUGACCUUCGCACUGAUGCUCUGGCUGGUUGUCGUGGGAGCCGUGCACUAUACGGACUCCCAUGAGCAUGCAGAUGGUUUUAAACCAGAUGGGGAAAUUCUGCGUGUUUUGGUGAACAGCUCGGCGGAAAUCAAAUGCGAUGUGGGCUCCAGUCUGCCCGAUGAUAAAGUCCUUCUGGUUGUCUGGUACAAGAAUAAUUUACCCAUUUACAGCUAUGACACACGUGGUGCCCACGCGGGCACACCAUCGCAUUGGCGAGACGAGGAGGUCCUCGAGAAUCGGGCCGUCUUUCGCACGCACAAGGAGCCAGCGGAAUUGACUAUAAAUCCGGUUAAGGAGAAGGAUGCGGGCAACUUUCGCUGUCGCGUGGACUUCAAGCUAUCGCAGACCCGAAACAGCAAUGUCAAUCUGGAGGUUGUUGUGCCACCGAUGCAGCCGAAUAUCUUUAAUGAACGCCGCAUGAGAAUCGAUUCGAGGGCUGGACCCUAUGAAGAGGGCGGCAGCCUGGAGGUCACCUGCGUCGUCUAUGGAGGUUCUCCACCACCCACUGUCACCUGGCUGAUGAAUGGGCAGCUGCAGAACAGCGUUGUCGAUUACACCUACGAUGGGACCAUCAACAGCAAACUGGUGGUCCGCAACCUGUCACGCAUCCACCAGCAUGCGGUCUACACCUGCCAGGCGAGCAAUUUCCACAAGAAAUACGUGGCCACCAAUAUAACCAUUGAGCUAUACCUGCGUCCCCUUUUGGUGGAAAUCAGCUUCAACAAUCAGCCCAUGUCCGCGGACCGCAAAUACGAGAUCGAGUGCCAGGCGAUUGGCUCUCGACCCCCGGCGAAGAUCACCUGGUGGAUGGGCAAUCUAGAGCUCCACGGGCACAGCCAGAAGGUCUCUGAGGAUGGCAAUGUCAGCACUUCGGUGCUGUCGAUUACCCCCACAAGGGAGGACCAUGGCAAGGCCUUGUCCUGUCGCGCCACAAACGAGCUGGUGCGGAAUGGCAUACGGGAAACGGCCAUGAAGCUGAAUGUGUUCUUCAUACCCACAUUGCAGCUGGACCUGGGCUCCAAUCUGAAUCCCGAGGAUAUCGAGGAGGGCGAUGAUGUCUAUUUCGAGUGUAAAGUGCAUGCAAAUCCGGCUGCUUAUAAAGUUGUAUGGAAGCAUAAUCAUCAAAUCAUCCAGCACAAUCAGCGAGCGGGUGUCAUCGUCAGCAGCGGCGACCUGGCCCUCCAGGGCGUGACCCGACAUCAGGCCGGGAACUACACCUGCACUGCCUCGAACGUCGAGGGCGAUGGCGAUUCAAAUGUUGUCGAACUGAAAGUGAUGUAUAAACCAAUUUGCCGGCCCGAUCAAAAGAAAAUCUAUGGCGUGGCCCGAAACGAGGCCGCCGAAAUCGUUUGCGAAGUGGAUGCCUUUCCGCCGCCGGAGAAUUUCAAGUGGUCGUUCAACAACACUGCCGAAACGUUCGAUAUGCCACAGAGCGGAUUCCGGCCCCAUUCGGCACAGGGCUCGACACUCACCUAUACGCCAGUGAAGGAAAUGGACUUUGGCACCAUCAUGUGCUGGGCGGACAACAAUGUGGGUCAGCAGAAGGAGCCCUGUGUGUUCCAUUUGAUAGCCGCUGGCAAACCGGAAGCGCCCACCAACUGUACGGUGGUCAAUCAGACGUCCGACUCUUUGGAGGUAUACUGCAUCGAAGGCUUCGAUGGCGGCAUGCGGCAGUGGUUCCUCAUGGAAAUCUACGAUCAGCAUAGCGGGCAGCUUCAGGCCAACAUCAGUGCCAAGUUUGCGGCUCUGUCCGUCACGGGCUUGGAUGCGGGCCGACUCUUCCGGAUCUAUGUCUAUGCGGUGAAUGGACGCGGACGCAGCGAUGGGGUGGCCCUCGAUGGCUAUACCCUCAAGGCCGCUGAAAAGCAGACGGUUGCCCUCACCUCGUACAAGGGCAGCGCCCAGAGUCCGGACAACUUUGAGCUAACGCCGAUCCUCUCGAUUGGCAUCUUUGUGGGCAUUCUGGUGGCCAUCGUUUGCAUUGGCAUCGGCACAAUUGCCGCACUGAAGCUGCGCUCGCACAAGCACCAACAGCAGCAGAAGUUUGUACAUCCCAAUGCGAAAUUCUCACGUCCCGGCAAUUUACAAAUUAAGGAUAAAAUCUCAUUGCCAUUGAGUCACUCCGAGGAGAUGUACGACGAGAAGAAUCCCGAUGUUGUGCCCUACAAUGAGGUGGAUGGUGAAUAUAAACAAAAAUCAGCAACACAAACGCCAUCGGGACAUCUUUCGACAACCAGCGAGGUGGAAAUCAGCUGCAAGCCAGGCUCAACAUCCGGUGGCACCGGCAACAUCGUCGGUGGCGCCUCCACGGCCAACAACUCCAACGACAGUGGCACCUAUCAGAGCAGCAAGGACGAUGAGCUGCACUAUGCCGAGCUAUCGCUGAAUCAGGUGCCCGCCACUAGCUCCAAGAAGGGCCAGCCAUGUGCCACACAGGGGCAGGGGCAGGGGCAACAGCAGGGUCAGGGGCAGGGGCAGGGGCAGGGCCAGGCCCCGGGCCAGGGACAGGGCGUGAUGGGCGGCACCCUGCCGCAUGGCUCUAGCAUGCGCAAGCUGUUGCCCAGCAUCCCGGCCACGGCCACGCUGCAGAGGCACAAACCGAAUGCGGGCGGCAUGCAGCAUCCACAUCAGCACGCUCCGGCGCCCACAUACGAUUACGAUUACUUUGAGGAGCCGACGAUAUACGCGCAGAUCGACGCAUACAAGACACGGGGUGGCGCCACGGCAGCCGGAAGUGACAGACAGAUGCAGAUGCCGCUGCAGAUGCAGAUGCAGGUGGACACUGGCGGCGGCGGCGGCGGACCUGGCCCGAGCGGAGUCGUCUUUCCGCCGUGCAUCUCAUCGCCGGGCUCGCACGGCACUCCAUCGACCGUGUCGCCGGGCACGGUGCAAAUGUACACGCUGCCCUCCCAUCCCGGUGGCUAUCACACUCUGCCACAUAAUCACCAUCAGCAGCAGGGCCAGGGACCCCAGAACUCCGCUUCGAUGAUGCAAAUGAUGCAGCAACAGCAGCAGCAGCAGCAGCAACAGUUGCAGCAUCAUCAUCCUGCUGGCAACAUGCCCAUGCCGCCAUCCUACCAGCAGCACCAGCAGCAGCAGCAACAGCAGCAGCAGCAGCAGAUGGUGCACGGCCAGAUGCUCGUCUCGAGCAACAGCAGCGGUCUGGCCUCCACAACGGCGGCGGUGGCCAGUCCCAGCAGCUCCCUUUCGGGCCUCUCCGGUGUGGGGGGCAAGUCCUACUCGCGCGAGAUAGUCACGGUGCGCACACCGCUCAUGUAUUCGCAGCAGGAGAGCUGUGUUUAAGAGCCCCAAGCCCCCUAAGUCCUCCCUUCACCUCCCCCAAAAAUGAUAGUUAUCUAAGUCUUGAGCUCUUUGUGGUUUGUGUCUAGACUUAAGCGUUGCCAAAACGAAUUGAAUUAAAGAAUUGAAUUGAAUUGAACUAAAAAGGAAUCAGCAUCAGGAGCGACACGAGAGAGAGAGGCAUAAAUAAAUCAAAAUCGAUUAACGAAAAGCGAGAAGAGGGCCAGCGCCUGGCAUAAUUUAUGGCAAUUCAUUUUCGAUUCCACAAUAAAUUGCGCAAACAUGAAUUUGUGAAAAUCCGGCGGAGGAAAAAGGAGAGUGGGAAUUUUUCCGGAAUUUUUAAGCCUAAGAAAAGGCGCUCCAACAAGUCCCCAGGCAUCGUUUGAGAAUAAUAGAGAAGCAGAAGAAUGUUCCUUCCUUACAGUAAGUACUCGAAAGUGGACAAACAGUUCAUACAGGCAUACACAGCAUAUAUAUUUUUCCACACCCAAAAUAUAUGUAUCUGAUCUGAGAAGUUUCCAGCAAAUUUUGUAAAUGUUUUUUGUAAAUGUAUAAAGUCGGUCAACAAUUUCUAGCAAUUAGGCUCAAAAGAAAAACGCAUAAAUCUAGUAAAUAUACUAACACAUAUACUAAAUAAUAGACUAACACACACACACACACACACACAGACAGGAAGACAGACAACCAGAGAUAUUAAGAGAGAGCAAAACUUCUUGGCAAUUAUAUAUUGAAGAUAAAUUACAUUAUUCGAAUCUAAUGGAUACACAUACACACACACACACACACACACAAAUUAGCUGCAAAUUAGCUUAGUGCAUAAAAUGAGAGAAAUACCAAGUAUUAAAACGUGUAUAUAACAACAAC